AUGACUAUCACCACGGCAGCUGGGGAAGCUCCGGGAAGAGACAAGGAUGAUUCUGAUGCAACCACCUCGGUCGCUACCGAGACUGCGGCUGGCACUACUACGAUCGAUGCUCCUGCUGAUCCUACUACUAUCAUGACGUCCCCUCAACCGGUCAGUACGCCCGCUGUGACCGACGAGGUGGCUGUCACUACUGCACCUCCUGUGACUGGCGAAGUGACCAUCAGCACGGCACCUGGGGAGGCUCCCGGUAGAGACAAGGAUGACUCUGAUGCUACCACCCAGGUCGCUACGGAGGCUGCGACUGUCACGACUACGAUCGGUGCUCCUGUUGAGCCUACUACUACUAUAACGUCCCCUCUUCCGGUCAGCACAGCUGCUGUGACCGAUGAGAUUGUUGAUACUACUGCAGCUCCUGUGACUGGCGAAGUCACCAUCACCACGGCAGCUGGGGAAGCUCCCGGUAGAGACAAGGAUGAUUCUGAUGCUACCACCCCGAUCGCUACUGAGACUGCGACUGUGGCUACCACGAUCAGUGCUUCUGUUGAGCCUACUACUAUUAUGACGUCCCCUCUACCGGUCAGCACAGCUGCUGUGACCGAUGAGGUCGCUGUCACUACUGCGGCUCCUGUGACUGGCGAGGUGACUAUCACCACGGCAGCUGGGGAAGCUCCGGGAAGAGACAAGGAUGACUCUGAUGCUACCACCCAGGUCGCUACGGAGGCUGCGACUGUCACGACUACGAUCGGUGCUCCUGUUGAGCCUACUACUACUAUAACGUCCCCUUUCCCGGUCAGCACAGCUGCUAUGACCGAUGAGGUGGCUGUCACUUCUGCACCUCCUGUGACUGGCGAAGUGAUCAUCAGCACGGCAGCUGGGGAAGCUCCCGGUAGAGACAAGGAUGACUCUGUUGCUACCACCAAGGUCCCUACGGAGGCUGCAACUGUCACGACUACGAUCGGUGCUCCUGUUGAGCUUACUACUACUAUAACGUCCCCUUUCCCGGUCAGCACAGCUGCUGUGACCGAUGAGGCCGCUGUCACUACUGCAGCUCCUGUCACUGACGAGAUGACUAUCACCACGGCAGCUGGGGAAGCUCCGGGAAGAGACAAGGAUGAUUCUGAUGCAACCACCUCGGUCGCUACCGAGACUGCGGCUGGCACUACUACGAUCGAUGCUCCUGCUGAUCCUACUACCAUCAUGACGUCCCCUCAACCGGUCAGUACGCCCGCUGUGACCGACGAGGUGGCUGUCACUACUGCACCUCCAGUGACUGGCGAAGUGACCAUCAGCACGGCACCUGGGGAGGCUCCCGGUAGAGACAAGGAUGACUCUGAUGCUACCACCCAGGUCGCUACGGAGGCUGCGACUGUCACGACUACGAUCGGUGCUCCUGUUGAGCCUACUACUACUAUAACGUCCCCUCUUCCGGUCAGCACAGCUGCUGUGACCGAUGAGAUUGUUGAUACUACUGCAGCUCCUGUGACUGGCGAAGUCACCAUCACCACGGCAGCUGGGGAAGCUCCCG